AUGGUUUGGCUCAAACGCGACCUAUGCUCGAGCAGCACCUCCCCGUGGGAGGAGGAUGUGCGGGUGGAAAAAAGAGGGGGAGAAGGGGGGGGAAGGGAGGGGGUGGUUCGACUCAAAGGAGGGAAGCAGCAGAGCACUCACUCCUGCUCGAGCAGCGAGGGCAGCAGCAGAGCGCUCACUCCUGCUCGAGCAGCGAGGGCAGCAGCAGAGCACUCACUCCUGCUCGAGCAGCGAGGGCAGCAGCAGAGCACUCACUCCUGCUCGAGCAGGGAGGGCAGCAGCAGAGCACUCACUCCUGCUCGAGCAGCGAGGGCAGCAGCAGAGCACUCACUCCUGCUCGAGCAGCGAGGGCAGCAGCAGAGCACUCACUCCUGCUCGAGCAGCGAGGGCAGCAGCAGAGCACUCACUCCUGCUCGAGCAGCAGCGAGGGCAGCAGCAGAGCACUCACUCCUGCUCGAGCAGCGAGGGCAGCAGCAGAGCACUCACUCCUGCUCGAGCAGCGAGGGCAGCAGCAGAGCACUCACUCCUGCUCGAGCAGCGAGGGCAGCAGCAGAGCACUCACUCCUGCUCGAGCAGCAGCGAGGGCAGCAGCAGAGCACUCACUCCUGCUCGAGCAGCGAGGGCAGCAGCAGAGCACUCACUCCUGCUCGAGCAGCGAGGGCAGCAGCAGAGCACUCACUCCUGCUCGAGCAGCGAGGGCAGCAGCAGAGCACUCACUCCUGCUCGAGCAGCGAGGGCAGCAGCAGAGCACUCACUCCUGCUCGAGCAGCAGCGAGGGCAGCAGCAGAGCACUCACUCCUGCUCGAGCAGCAGCGAGGGCAGCAGCAGAGCACUCACUCCUGCUCGAGCAGCGAGGGCAGCAGCAGAGCACUCACUCCUGCUCGAGCAGCGAGGGCAGCAGCAGAGCACUCACUCCUGCUCGAGCAGCAGCGAGGGCAGCAGCAGAGCACUCACUCCUGCUCGAGCAGCAGCGAGGGCAGCAGCAGAGCGAAGCGGUCAACGAAGUCCUCAAAGUGA